AUCCCGGAAAUUAUAAAUCCGAAAAUGCAGAAUUUCAGCUCAAUCCCUUUGUCCGCUUUCGCACGAAGCCUUCCCACGCGAAAAAAUCCUGCUUUUCGCCGUUUAAGGGGCCAGCAGCUUCUUCGUUGCUCCUGCAUUCACAGCUAACGUUUUUGGGUCUCCCAUUUUCUGAUUAGAUCCGCGGUCGGAAUCGGAGUUACCCGGAAAGGAGCUAUUCGUAUUCGAUUCAAAUUUGAAAUCUUGGGGCCUGGCUUUUUUUUUUUUAGACUCUUGGGUCCGAAGUAAUUUUGCUGAAGCUCUUGUUGUCCGAUCGUCGGUGCAUCGGGAACUUUUGUCCCCCCUCAUUUGUGAAAUUUGAUUCAAUACUUUGUCCCCUUGCGGAGCGGAAAUUCUUUGGUUUGUUAGUUCGAUUGGAAUGAUAUUGCAGUCUAACUGAUUGGUGAAUUUAGGCUCUCUAGGUUCUGUUGGGGGUUGAUUCUGUAUGCUUUCUUGCUUGAAGAAUUUUUGGUCGCGUGAUCAGUAGAUACGAGAGUUUGGCGGGUUGGAGAGGCUGCAACGGGUGAAGAUUGCAUUGGAACUUGCGUAUUGUGGGAUGCAAGUAUAAAGGUGCUGAGCGGUUUUAGCCAUCAAGCAAAUGAGAAGGACAUCAUAUGUCGAAAGGAAUAAUUCAAGGGAAAAUGGGUCCGAGGAAAAUUGGAGUCUUCAUCGUCUUGGUGGCUGUGCUUUGCUCUUCUGUGGUCUAUUGCUCGAAAGAAAGGGAAAGGAUGGGAGAAGAAGUGCCUCAAAGAGAAGGGUUAGAUCCACUGUCUGGAGAAAUAGAUGAAGACUUGGUGGAGCAAUUAUUGAUCAAUUGUAGGACUGACUUGAUUCAGAUGAAGGACGUCGUCAAAGCACUUGAUGGAUGUAUACCACAGGAAGCAUCCAGCAAUAAUAACGAUUUCGUUUUAGAAUGUAAAUCAUUUGCAAAAGAAAAGAUACAGCAAUAUUUGGAUAUCCAUCCCCGUGCAAAGCACAGGCUAGUAGAAUGUUUAAGAAAGCAUAGCUUUCUGUUCCCAGUUUCUGGAGAAGAUGUUGGCUCCAAGAACUGGUACACCAAGUAUAUUGGUUCCUUGAGUUCUGAGCUUGGCUCUUCUAGAAGGUAUUUGGCUAGCAAGUCUCUCCAGAGCAUCACUUCAGCACCUGCCGCGUCACCUGAAUCAGGAUCUCCUGCCUCCAGUCCAGCACCGUCCCCUAGUACUCCUGAGCCUAGUGCAUCGCCAAGUCCACCAUUUUUUCCUCGCAGCUCUGAUGCUUCAACCUCACCAUCUCCAGCCAAUGAUAAUUCAUCAGCAAGUAAAGAUUCUGGCUCAAGUGCGCCAUCAAAUAAGCGGAAUAAUAAAAAAACAGUUGUUCUUGCUGUUGUCGUCACAGCAUCAGUCACACUUGUUCUUGUAGCACUUUUAUUUUUAUGCUAUCAACGAGUAUGCAGAGCUGGCUCUCGCGUGGGCCGAAAUGACGAAAGGCCCCUCCUCAGCCUAAGCUUAAGUGACUACUCCAUUGGUUCUUAUAGUCCUUACGCUUUUGGAAGUUCAAUUAAGGAAGAUAAGCCUGGUCAACAGACAUACCAUAACGAGAAGCCAUCAUCUUUAAGCAGCAACUACAACGUUGAAUCCAGUGUGCGCAAUAGCUUCACAGGCAAGACCUCUUCAGUAGAACUCAAUGUCAAUGCUGCAAAUCUAAGUCCGAACUCCUUGCCACUGCCUCCAUUGAAGCCGCCUCCUGGAAGGGCAGGUUCUACUGUUGGUUUUCUAAAGCCUCCUCCAGGCAGGGCAGAUCCUCUUCCUCCAGAACCACCUGCUCCUCCUAAGCCUCCUGGAAUGACAGGCCUUCCUCCUUCAUCUGCUCUGCCACCGCCACCGCCACUGCCACCUCCAGCUCCUCCCACUGUAAGACCUUCAGCUGUGGGUGCAGGUCCUAAACCUCCUGGACCACCUCCUCCACCUCCUGGACUUCCAAGAGCCAAACCUGGUCCACCACCCCCACCACCUCCAAAGGGUGGUACAGCUCCACCACGGCCUCCUCAACCUCCUGGAGGUUUGAAAAUACCUCGACCAUCUCUUCCUGGUGCAAAUACAUCUGAUGCGGGUGGAUCAGAGCACGAAGAUGCCCCAAAAGCCAAGUUGAAGCCAUUUUUCUGGGAUAAGGUCAUGGCAAACCCUGAACAAUCAAUGGUUUGGCAUCAGAUUAAGUCGGGGUCAUUUCAGUUUAAUGAGGAGAUGAUUGAAUCUUUGUUUGGAUAUGCCCCAGCCGAGAAAAACAAAAAUGAACUCAAGAAAGAGUCUUCUUCACAAGAUCCUUCAAAUCAGUAUAAACAGAUCAUUGAUCCUAAAAAAGCACAGAACUUAUCCAUUCUCUUGCGGGCGUUAAAUGUAACGAUUGAAGAAGUCUGUGAUGCCCUCCAUGAAGGCAAUGAGCUUCCAGUCGAGUUCCUUCAGAGUUUGUUGAAGAUGGCUCCUACAACGGAUGAAGAACUGAAGCUCAGAUUAUACAGUGGUGAACUCUCUCAACUUGGUCCUGCUGAUCGGUUCCUGAAAGCUCUUGUUGACAUUCCAUUUGCUUUUAAACGUAUGGAGGCGUUGCUUUUCAUGAGUACUCUACAAGAGGAAGUUUCCAUAGCUAAGGAGUCCUUUGCAACCUUAGAGGUUGCAUGCAAGGAACUCCGGAACAGCCGAUUAUUUCUCAAGCUGCUUGAAGCUGUCCUGAAGACUGGCAAUCGCAUGAACACUGGAACAUUUCGAGGUGGCGCGCAAGCAUUUAAGCUGGACACACUUUUGAAAUUAUCAGACGUGAAAGGAACCGAUGGCAAGACGACGCUGCUGCAUUUUGUGGUUCAGGAGAUCAUAAGAUCAGAAGGUGUAAGAGCUGCUCGUGCAGCUAGUGAAAGCCAAAGCUUCUCCAGUGUGAAAUCAGAUGAUCUCCUUGAGGAUGUCUCCCAUGAUUCAGAAGAGUAUUACCGAGGCCUUGGUCUUCAGGUAGUUUCAGGCUUGAGUGGUGAACUUGAAAGCGUCAAAAAAGCAGCAUGUAUUGAUGCAGACAGCUUGACAGGAGGCGUUGCCAAAUUAGGGCAUUCACUAAUGAAGACCCGCAAUUUCUUGAAUUCAGAAGAGAAAGAAAGUGGAUUUAACCAAACACUGAAAAGUUUCGUGCAGAAUGCUGAAAUUGAUGUGACAUGGUUGCUAGAGGAAGAGAAGAGGAUAAUGGCUCUGGUGAAAAGCGCAGGCGACUACUUUCACGGAAAUGCCGGGAAGGAUGAGGGUUUAAGACUUUUUGUUAUAGUUAGGGAUUUUCUGAUCAUGUUAGACAAGACUUGCAAGGAGGUGAGAGAUGCGCCAAAGAGGCCAGCGAAAACACAGAGGAAAGAGGGUCCCACAGUGCGCUCUUUGUCAGAUUCUCGUCAACCAGCUUCUCCUGAUCUGCGCCAGCGACUUUUCCCUGCGAUUGCUGAACGACGAGUAGAUAGUUCUAGCUCCGAUGAUGAAAUUUGAUGGGGUUUCAUUGGACUGAGGUGGUUGACACGGCGAAAUUCAGCAGAAGAGACGCCAACCAAUGCUGCUAGACGCUGCCUAUUCUUUCAGGGAGGUUGUUUGGAGCUCAAGGCCAUUGCACGCACACCCCCUUGAGGUGAUUUGCAUGGGCUCACAACCAGCUGAUUGACAUGGAUCUCACCAAUCACUUUCACCACUGACAAUGGAGCUCACGAAAAGAUCGAUCUGGUGGAGUUGAAUUUAAACUGCCCGACUUUUUCACCAAAGUACCGAAAGAAAUGGUGCCUUCGUGCUCAUAUGCAUUCUUUGUAGGAAAUUGCUUUGUCGAUAAUCAUGAUUUGUAGAUUAAUAGCAGGAUAGGAGUGGAAUAAUCCUAUAGAAUGAAGAUGGGCAUCAAUUUUGUGACACGAAUAUCUUCACUUGCUUUUUUAACUUCUAAAAUGUGAAUGUUGCGAUGCUAUUUGAUGCAAUUUUCUCAACGCUGAA